AUGUCGUGCGGCGACAUCUUUCUCGGGCUCAUCGCCAUCCUCUUUCCUCCUAUUGCUGUCUGGAUUAAAUCCGGCAUCUGCUCGGCUGACUCCCUUAUCAACAUUCUCCUAUGUAUGCUCGGCUACCUCCCUGGACUUCUACACGCAUGGUAUAUCAUUGCCCGGAACCCAGAGCGGGACUACGACUACGAACCCGUUCCAGAUGCUGAAGGCCAACGCAUCACCUACUAUUACAUCCGUCACGAGCCAUCCCGACGAGACUAUGGGACUCAACAAGGCCCUAAUCGACCUGCCCCUCCGCCACCAAAACCUCAGGAUUGUCCCCCGCAAACUGGCAAUACCGGAGGUAGUUCGCGACCAGCACCACCCCCUCCAACUCAACCUGCGGGUCCCAGUGCCGGUGCAGCGAGUCAAGAGCCUGGUGCUCCCCCCAGCUACUCCGAGGUCGUGCGUGGAGAUAAUAAAAUCCAGACCCCAGAUUAA